CAAACUUCUAGCCUUACUACCUUUCCACCUGCUCUCUUGGAUGCACAGAAUAUCAACCUUUCUCCUAAUCAUCAUGUCAACCAACUCCUGUGCUUUUCCUGUCAUAGUCCCAACAUUCAAAGUCCCUACACUCAGUUGUAGGCUCUGUGCAUUCCUCUUUUUCUUCUGACGCUGGAUCCGGUUUCCUCCUCUUCUUUGUCUUCGACCCACAGUAGCUGAAUUUCCACCGACGCCCUGUAGGUUAGCAGUGCCGGGGGCGGGCGUUGUUAACCCGGGCCACGACCGAUCCGGUAUGGGAUUCUUUAGAUGAACGCUCAUAUUUGUUUGGCACAGUUUUUACGCCGGAUGCCCUUCCUGACGCAACCCUCUGCAUUUAUCCGGGCUUGGGACCGGCCUACAGAUUGCACUGGUUUGUGCCCCCAUAGGGCUGCAUUGACAUCAACUGUUACCACCUCGUAUUAACAAAGGAGGAUGCAUGUUCAAACUUGCAUGUGGUCCCCGGAUUACCAUUUGCACUCAAUGCAUAAACUCAAACAAUUACCCACCAGGUUUAAAAGAUAACAGGCACAAUGAUGGUGCUUUGGCAGUUGUUAUUCAAUCUAUCUCUUCUCCUUCCACUUCUUUUCUAAAAUAAAAUAUGAACGUGAAUUCAAGGUUGUUUUUUUAUGAUAUCCCAAAAACUUCAUCAAAAUCAGAUUUAAUGGCCCAGUAUCUAACAACACACAAGGAGUUUGUCUCUGACAGUCAGUGCCGCUGACAUUCAUGGUGAAUCCUGAGAAGAACAAACAAACUAACGAGAACCAUAGAAACUAUUCCUUAUAAGACUCAAAGUUGUGCAAAGAUGCAGUGUCUGUCACGGCCCAUCGAUGCGGAGGGAGGACCCAAAUGCAGGACUCGGGAGACGCAAAGGUAAUUCGGGAAAAACGUUUACUGUUCCAAGGUCGGGGAUCAGGCAGGCAGUCAGGCGCAGCAGUGGUAGUCAGGACGUCGGAUGUAGAGAGAAGGGCCGCGGGAGGGCAGGAGUCGGUACACGGGAGAUCGAUCAAAGAAGGCAGGAGUGUCAAAGGAGUCAGGCUUACGGGGUCGGUCAGAGAACAGGAGGAGGUCGGUACACAUGGGUUCACGAUCAGAGAUACGGGAGUGCAGGAACGGGGCAUGAGUUGCAACGAUGUGGCGAAGGACCAGUCGUCCCAAGGGUCCUAUAUAUACUGGGUGUCAUUAGAGUUCAUGAGGCGCAGGUGUGUAUCUACUGAUUGGCUGGAAGCCAGGAGCUUGACAGUGUCUUCUAGCAUUUAGAGCAGUUGGAGUGCGUCAAUGCUCUACCUUAUUUCACAAGCCUACAUAAAACAUGCACCUGAUUCAUUUGGCUCUAUUCUAAGUGGUUCUGACUUGUCAAUUUUAUUAUCAGUGACACCAUAGAGUCAGAAGGCUUUCAGAAAGUUGGACCCACUGUCUGUCAUCUUGCAAACAAUUUUGUCUCCAAUGCUGAACCCUAAAAAGACAGGUGCAAAAGUCAGAUUUAAAGUUAAAGGCAACGUAAGGAAUGAAUGCCAAUUCAACAAAAACUUCAUAUGUUCAAACUGGAUUGUACUCAAGUAAAGUCUACUCACAGUCUAUAUACAGGUGAAGGUGAUUGGCAGCCCCAACCCGGUAACGUGAGAUAGUAUCUGCAUGACAUGACGGAUCCCUGUAAUGUGAGUGAUAUGGAAUCUGUACUUCAGUGUAUUUUCUUGCAGGUCCCUCAGUCGUGGGUUAGGGUUUGCACCAAAGUUUCUAUCACCGAACACCUUGAGAAGAGGUCUGUGAUCGACUGCAAUCAUCAGAUCGGGGCAGCCCAGAACAAAAUGACAAUUUUUUUUGAGGGCAUCCAGCACAGCCAGUGCCUCUCCUUCAAUGGGGGCAUACCUUGAUUCAGCCAGUGAAGUGAAGUGGCUACCCACUCGUGUGACUUUCCAGCUGAGGCAGCAGCAGAAUGGCUUGCUUUAUGUGCAUGCGCAAGGUUUCUGAAGUAGCCAGAAGCCAAUGCCAUUUUUGCUGAAGUCUGUUGCAAGGCAUGUUGGCUUCCCUUUGUUGAAUAUUUCCACACCCUUUCCAGGAUUAUGAUGGUCUUGGUUUCUUCAAAGAGGUCGUCCAUAUGUUCAUUCCACGUGAACGGUGUGUCGGGUUGUAGCAGAGUGCGAAAGGGUUGCAUUCUCUCUGGUGAUGCAAAAGCAUAUGCUACUUGGUUUACAAGUCCAAACCAGCUUCACACGUCGGUUUUAGGAAUCCCUUGAUUGCCUUGAGAACCUGUAGGCAUGGACGAACAGUUGUGGGAGUGAUUCAAAGCCUGCUAAAUUGACGGUUUCUUUGGCAAACCGUUUCAGUUUCACAUCAUUGUGUCGUCAAUGACCUUUGUUUUGUUGUCAAUGCCACGAACUAUUUCAUCAAAUCGCCUGGUGUAUGCGUCUCCAGAUGCUAUGUAACUCUGAGGACACACCCGAUACCUGUACUGGGCGUGAUGAAGAUUAUCAGGUGCCUGUCCUUUGGGUCGAGUGCGAACCUAUGGUAGCCGUUCCAGGCAUCAAGCGCUUUUACUUGUGUUCCAUGGGACCAUGUGGGCUUGGUGGAAUAGCGAUUUGGGGUUAUGUGUCUCUCUUGUCGCAUAGCGAUUCAAAGCUUGGAAGUCAACAGUCCGCCGAGGUUUACCAGAUUGUGUAAACGACCAUUCGAUGAUACCAUGAAACUGGGCUUCCGAUUGGGACAGGCUCUAUAACACCAAGGUGAACAUCCUGAUCAAGGCCAGUGUUAGGUUUAUCACUUAAUUUGCUGGAUUAAUUGCAUAAAUAACGGACAAGAAGUCGUCUUUCUUCAGAUUAGGAGGACGUGAGAGACAGGCCAGUUACAGUCUCCAAACACGUUCUGACCCAGCCUCUCACAUACUCUUUUUUUUUUUUUUAUAUUACAAAACACACAAGGUCAAAAGGAGGGGUGAACAGAUGAAAUGAACAAAGGUACAGUUUUUGGUGAUCAUGUGGCAAAUUCUUUGGUUAUGAUGGAGUUGUCCUUGGCCACUUCUAGGAAGAUACUGUUGUAUCUGUGUGUAGGAGCUCGUCCUGCAAACAAGACUCUUCAAAGCAAGGAUGAUACUUUGCUUUGUUGCAAGUUCAUAAUAAAUAUAUGAUAACUCUUAACAUUUCCCCCGUUUAUUAUGUAUUUGCACAAAGUCUUAGAUCGUCUAGCAACUUGUACACUUCUUCUAACUUCUUUUAGCAACAAAGGAUAUUAUAUUGCAUAAAGGGUUAUGUAAAUACUUUUUUGCUUGAAAUAUAUUAUGCGGAUGCUGCGCGGGGCUUUGCUAUAUAAUAAAAGAAAAAGCAUUGCAUAUGAAGCGAAGGUUGGCGGCCAACUUGUUUGUGUUAAAGUGUUGUGUAACAGGAAAGAGAAAAACCACAGGUAAAGCAGCUGGGCAGAACUGCGAGGGUGAAAAGUGCAAAACAACUCUACAGCGCAUCAACUGACAGACAACAUCUGCAAGUGCGGUCAGGCUUCGUACAAAGAACCAGAAGAUAGCCGCCGCACCUUGAGUCAAAACACCCAGAUGGGAGGAGGACGGAGUCAGCCAAUUAAUAUGCAUUUUGAUUUAGGAAAAUGAAUAUUCAUGAUGUGUUUCUAUAUAACUGGGCAACCCGGAUGAGUGUGUUGUCUCUUGAUGGUCACAAGGACACAGGUGCUUUGGUGUGAGGGACCUGGGACCCAGACGUCUGUAUUAGCUUUUGUUGUUAGGAAUAAAACUUCGGGUGAUUUGAUCCAAUUGGUCUCUGAUCUUCUCUCUGACAGAACGGACACGCCAAAUUGUUAGGUACGUGAGUAGGAGGUAGACAGAGGUCGUGAAUGUUUAAUCUUUGGAGUUAGAUUAAAGAAGUGAAAUCCUAACAAUUUCAUGGUGACCCCGAUGUGAUGUCAGGAGAAGGUUAGUGACAGGAGUUGUGGUUUAUGUUUAACACAUCAGGCAGUGUCUGGGACACUGUUUCUUGGAAGGAACUCAAAGAUACCCUCAACACUGAAACCUGACUGGACACAACACCUCCUCUAACGACCGGUCGACAAAAGGUAAGCAGAAUACCUGUUACUAUUUCUUGAAAUUCUGCAAGUUAAAUAUUGUUGGAAGGAGGAAAGUUGUGAAAGUCGGGAGUCGGUGGUUUGAGGGUAGAAAAUAGAUAAACAAGUCUGUGACCUGAAAAGGGUCAAGGACCCGAAUAAGAGAGGUCAGGGACCUUAAUGAUAAACAAGUCUGGGACUUGAAAAGGGUCAGGGAUCCGAAUAAGAGAGGUCAGGGACCUUAAUGAUAAACAAGUCUGGGACUUGAAAAGGAUCAGGGAUCCGAAUAAGAGAGGUCUGGGACCUCAAUGAAUAAAGUCAUAGUGAUGACUGUGUCGAUACACACAGGGUGUGAAGAGAAAAAUUCUUGAGGGGAGUUUUAUCUGUGUAAAGUGGUGUGUAUAGCCCCUUCUGUGAGAGAUCAGAUUGGACAACAAGGGUUGAAAAGAGGAUAAAUUGUCAAUAUGACUGAUGAAAUGAAUGGUGGGAGAGAGAGGAAUGAGUGAGAUUGAGGAUAUGUAUGUGAAGUUGGAAGCGCAAAUUGUGAGUGGUAUUGAGAAAAAGCAAAUUAAGAAGGCGAGAAUGAGACAGAAAAGUUUUUGCCAAGUUACAAAGUGAUCAAUUGUUUAGAGGUUUGAAACAGGCUGGAACAUGGAAAGGCUGGCGAGACAGUUACAAAAAAAGGAAGUAGUGGCAAUGAGAGAAAAAGAGAGUUUGGAGGAUGAACAGGCCAGUGCAGGGUGGGGUCAGCGUAAGUUGUUAAAAGAACAAGUGGCAGAAAAGGAACAAGAAAGGAGGUCAUUCCACAAUUUAGCUACGGCGGCCACGGCUUUGGCAGCAGUGGAGGAGGUUAAAAGAAAGGAGAAAGAGAAAGCAGAACAGGGAGAAUAUGAAUACCAAGGAAUUUACCCAUCCUUGCCGGCUGCUAAACAACCCACGGCACCCGACUCACAUGAAACACUUGCACCACCCCCAUACGUGGAGAAAGGUACUAUGGCUCCUGCGGUGACUCUGGUUGGAUGAAUGGUGAUGGAUAUAGAAGGAGAAGGGGAGAGAGUUGAUCCGGGGAUCGUCCAGCUGAUUUCAGAAGCAAUGAACAAGGAAAGGAAAAGGAAAAAAGAGGGGGUCACGUCUGAGUUGAUGACGUCAACCCCACCGACGCGGUUGGCAGACACAGAUGAGGAAGAGCGCAAGAGAGUGAGACAAGAGAAUGAGUGACGGAAGCAAAUUGUUGAGAGGGAGAAAAGAGGCAGCGAUGUUAAAGGUGACGGAACAAGUGAGACAGCAGGGAAAGGAGAAAGGACAGGGGAGGUUUAGAGACAGUAGUGGAGUAGUGAAGAAGAUGAAAGUGAGGUAAGUCGGCAGAGAAGAAUGGUGAGGCUUGUAAAUCAGGAUAUGAGAAGGAAAGUGAGAGAAGAAGGAAAGAACAGGCACCCUAUGCGUUGAGUGAAAGGCAGGAGAAGAAAGGAAAAGGGGGUCAAUGUACCCCAUGGUGAUUACUCGAGAGAGACAGCAGUAUGAACCAAUGGUGUUGCGGGAUGUCACAGGGAUAAUGGAUAAAAUGCCUCCCUUGCAUAGGGGAGGAAAGGUGUGGUUGAGCAAAUUUUUGGCAUUGAUGAGUGGGCAAAGUUGUACUUUGGGUGAUUUGAGACAAAUACUGGCAGGAUCGUGCUCUCUGGUGCAGCUGCAGGCAAUUGAGGAGGCGGCAGGCACGGCUGAUUUGGGGAGGGAGACCCCUCUCCCACGUGUGGCGGGACAGUUGUUUGAGCAAAUAAAAAUCACAUUUCCACAACCCACUGAUUUGGCACCAACUAUGUUUCCGUGCGACAUCAAAAUGUCACCAGCGCAACAUUAUGUAACAUGUGUCGAAAGUUGGAUUGGGGCAACAGGUCGACAUCCAGCCCUGUCAGCCGAGGUGGAGGUCCUGUUCUGGAUGGCGAUCGUUGAUGGACUUCUGCAGGAGGUGAAGAAGCACCUUAAGUCAGAUCCGGAUAUACUGGUAUGUGCGGAGGCGCGGUUCAAACCUCAUCUGGUUCACCACUGGAGAGCGUUUUGUGAGACCCAGGUUAAAGUAGACAGCGAGGGUGAGGCCCUGUCCAAACAAUUGAUAAAAUUGCAAUUGGCUAAAAUCCAUGGGGAAGCAAAACAAAGCAAAGUACAGAAAAGAGAGAUGCAAAUGGUGCAGGGUCCUCAGGUGCAGGGUCCUCAGGUGCAGGGGCGUGGACGUCCGGUAUUCCGGUGUGGACUUCGGGGAAGAGGAAGGAGCAUGCUGGGUCUCAUGAUGAGACCACAGUACCAACCGCAAUUGCGUGACGCCUGUUUCAUCUGCGGGGCACCAGACCACUGGGCCAGAGAGUGUCCUCAACAGCAACAACAAGGCAGGAGGCCACCACAAGGACCAGGAGGAGUGCCUUUUUUUUCUGGAAAAAUAGGUUGCGCUCCCCUAAUGAGUCCCACAUCUGAUAGUCCUAUUGACCAUAUGCAUUCUUGGGCUUCUUUCAAAAAUGUUUCCUCUUCCUCUGUUAAGAGUUUCCAAUCAGUUCCUGUUUGGUCUCUUUUGAUGAAACCUCACAACCACUCCGAGUGUGUGUCAUAUGGUUUAAACAGUGACACAUGUGGCAACAUUAAGCAUCUGUCUUUCAAGGCCUGUGGGAGUCUGACUCUUGUGGCUGCUGCCCCCAGAUUAUCUGUGUGCAGAUAAUCAAUUUUUUUAUUUUUUUCUUCUUUUUUCUAGAGUAUAUUUUUUGAGUUCUUUUUCGUAAUGAAAAUUUGGGCCUGGAAUUUUUUCUUUUGUACCACAUUGUUACAUUAAGAAAGUCUUCAUUCAUUUUAUCCUGUUGUUCUGUUAGGAAAUGUUCUGCUUGCUGUAGUAGUGUCUUUCCCAUAAAAGUUGUAGCUUGUCUGUUUCUUUUCAUCUUCCAGAAUGUUCUCCACAAGGAGGGCAUGAUUAACACAUGUGUCAGUAGUCAGGCCAAUGUAAUGUUUGUUUACCCAGCUGUAAUUUGUGUCUUUUUAACCUGCAUGGAGGGCAUGUCAACUGCUGCUAUUCUCCAUCUUCCUGCAGGCCACUGUAAAUCUUGAAUACAGUUGUCAUUCUCACUCUGUAUUCCUCAAAAGGCUCAUCAUCUUUUGUUUUUCUCCUCCUAUUUUAGUGUAAUUUGCUCUAUGUCUAAAACGCUGGGUUGCGCUCUGAAUUUUCAAAAUUUCCAUAUCUUUUACAUAGUGAUUCAUGUCGGCUUUGUGUGAAGUGUUAUCUUCCACAGCCUUUUUUAACAUCACCCAUAGUCCAAAUCUUAUCCACUGAAAUAGUCAGGUCUGCGCCACUUUGUGUGUCGGGGUUGAUUACUUGGGUCCUUGGUUACAAGUCGCCUAACUUGGUGAUAAGUUGGUCAUUUGGGCAGCAGUCUGCGCGGGAGAUAGUAGUCCUCCCAGUCCUUUCGACCAUUUCAAGUCAGUUCCGUCUGAUUGUCAUUCUGUGUGGUGGUGUAAGUCAGGGUAAGGGGUAUGGCUGGUUUUCUCUAUUCAUUAUCUUGUUCUUUCCUUUUUAUGCCUCCUUCCUCUCUUGUAACCACCAUUAGGUAUCAUCAUACACGUUUUAGUAAUGUCACAUUUAUUUCUCCAAUCUAUGUAAUUUUUCAUCUGAAUUAUUUUUUGCAAAUUAAGCUGGCCAGCCGAAUUGUAUUUUAUCUAUUUAUGUAAAUAUUUUAGCUUAUCUGGGCUUUGUGCUUUGACAAAUUUCCAAUCCUUGCAAGUUAAGUUGUCCCUUUCCUUUUGUUUACUAAUAUUUUUCCCCAUUUUGCGAAUUUGAAGCCAACACAAUACACCUAGUGUGUACUAUGGGUGGCGUUUUUGUAUUAGACAGGGUGACUGUUAAAUACUCUUGCUUGGUAUUCCACCGGCUUCUACAGAGAAGGGUGGAGGAAUCUUGCCUUUGCUUCCAAACAAUUUGUUACUUCCUAUCCUGUCUCUCAAACACUCAUUUACACAAUCACACACGGUUUAUACUGCAGUUUUAUUACAUGUUAUUUUAUACAGACUGUAUUUUCUUUACCUUGGGAUUUAAGUAUGUACACGGGUCCGACCUCGUUACAUGGAAUUUAACUGUAACCUAUACAGACGACUCCACCAUCAUUACGGUCCACGGAAUUUAAGUGCACACGAGUCUGCCCUCGUUUAUUACCUUUGAAUGUACAGACAAGUCAGCCCUCGUUACUUUACCGAAUUUAACUGUGACCGAUACAGGCAAGUCCGCCAUCGUUACACGGAAUUUAACUGAAACCUAUACAGGUGAGUCCGCCCUCGUUACGCGGGAUUUAACUGUACUUCCUACACGUUACCUUCGUGUAGACUGUGACGCACCUUCGCGCAGAUUUCCUGUCGACAAUCACUCCUUUUAUACCUCAUAAGAAAAUUGUUCUGACCAAGAUGUCUUCUUGUUAGUUGGAGUUCCGUCAACCCUCAGAUCCCAGUUAGAGAUUUCGAGGACCAGUCCCUUAACGGGUCUGUGUUGCUGUGGCCACGGUCUUCCUGGAAAUCGACUCUGAAGCUGGGAUCCUCAGGUAUCUUGGAAUCCGGCUCGAAGGGCCAAGAAAAAGUUAGCUUUUUCACCUAACUUGGUGGAUUAAUUGCACAAAUAACGGACAAGAAGUCAUCUUUCCUCUGAUCAGGAGGAUGUGACGUAUAACAGGCCAGUUACAGUCUCCAAACAUGAUCUGAACCACCCUCUCACAUACUCUUUUUUUUUUUUAAAUUAUUAUUAUUUGAAAACACUCGAGGUCAAAAGGACGGGGUGAGCAGAUGAAAUGAACAAAGGUACAGUUUUUGGUGAUGAUGUGGCACAUUCUUUGGUUAUGAUGGAGUUGUCCUUGGCCACUUCUCGGAAGAUACUGUUGCAUCUGUGUGUCCUGUGAACAAGACUCUUCGAAGCAAGGAUGAUAUUCUGGCUUUGUUGCAAGUCCAUAAUGAAUAUAUUAACGAUAACACUAACAGCCGCUUUUCGUCUGUUUUUACCAAUGGACAGGUACUGGGAUCGAUAUGUGGUGUGCUACAGGUGUGGCAUCGGUGUCUACAAUAAGUUUCAUGGGAGGUCCGGACAUCAUGGGCAGAUUUUGAUGUUCACAGAUGUUGAAUGUGCUACUUUUAUAGUCGUCUAACAGCCAUUGCUCUUGUUUUUUUCUGUUCUCUUCAGUGGCUGGAAAGGGAAGGGAUGUAGAGAGAGCGAGUAGGGUUUGGCGGAGAGGAUAGUGGCAACAGUCUUCAUCAGGGCUAUUAUCAGUGUCACUGUGUGGGGCAGAAGAGUCUGCUACGAUAGCGAGGGUGGACGACUUCAAAUAUUUAGGGUCAACAAUCCAGGCCAAUGGUGAGUGUGGUAAGGAAGUGAAGAAACGGGUCCAAGCAGGUUGGAACAGCUGGCGAAAGGUGUCUGGUGUGUUAUGUGACAGAAGAGUCUCUGCUAGGAUGAAGGGCAAAGUUUAAAAAACAGUGGUGAGGCCGGCCAUGAUGUACGGAUUAGAGAACUGGAGGUGGCAGAAAGGAAGAUGUUGAGGUUCUCGCUCGGAGUGAGCAGGUUGGAUAGGAUUAGAAAUGAGCUCAUUAGAGGGACAGCCAAAGUUAGAUGUUUUGCUGACAAGGUUUGAGAGAGCAGACUUCGAUGGUUUGGACAUGUUCAGAGGCGAGAGAGUGAGUAUAUUGGUGGUAGGGUGCUGAGGAUGGACCUGCCAGGCAAAAGGGCGAGAGGAAGACCAAAGAGAAGGUUUAUGGAUGUGGUGAGGGAAGACAUGAGGGCAGUUGGGGUUCGAGAGGAAGAUGCAGGAGAUAGGCUAAGAUGGUAAAAGAUGACACGCUGUGGCGACCCCUAACAAGCCGAAAGGAAAAGAAGAAGAAGAAGAAGAAGAUAACAUAUAAUGCCUAGAUCCCUACAGGCCUUCAUGGAUAGGAAGAAUUUGUCUGUUGAUCAGGAAAUAUGCACAAUCUGAUGUGUUGUUUUUUGCUGCAUAGAUUGUGUAAAGCCAGUGAUGUGUAGGAUUAGGGUGCCUGUGAUUCCAAUUGUGGCCUGGUUUGCGGCCCUCAUCUACAUUGAGGUGGGGAUGAGGUGGGAGGUGUUCAAACCUAGCUGAUGCAGGGAGGAAGUGCCAGCAAGACACGAUUGGCAGCCUGUGUCUGCGACUGCCAGUAUGGAAGCAAUUCCAGUGAGACUGCGCAGAAUGCAUUCAAUUCCCAAGUUUUUGGCAUCUGAUGGGAGGGCCUGAAUCUUGAUAGUCGGUUGAGGUCCGGAUGCACGCUUUUCCCACGUCGCACAGGGAAUCAUACACAUGGUGGUCUAGUAUGAGUGUGUUGGCCAGUUGUUCAAUUACGCAGAAGGCCUUGAAGACCGCCGUUGCAGAGUUAUUUUGAUUGGUGUGCAGCCUCUGUCUUGGUUUAUGACGGUUGUGGGAUUGGGAUUGAUUCGUCUGUGCGAACGCUUCCCGCUUUCUUUGGCCUCAAUGGUUUCAUCGAUGGACAUCUUUUGAUUGGCCUGGCCAAGCACGUUGAGAUGGAGAUCAUCAUCUGCAAGGCCGAAUAUGAGGGUGUCUCUGAUCAUUUGAUCGCGAUAUGAUAGGUGGGAUCCACACUCGUAUGAGAUGUACUGACACACAUUUGCUUGGCCUUUAAUGCGUGCAGGGAAGGUUCUCGCUGGUUCAUCUCUGUCCUGCCUCAUUUGUUGAAGUCGUAGUCGGGCCACCAUCACAUUCUCGGCUUGGACUGCCAGGGCCUUGAUGUGGCCAAGAAGAGUGGUCUCAUAUGAUACGAGGUUGUUGAAGCUUCUGGAUAGAUCUUUGCAGAGGGCCUCAUCGCAGCAUUCGAGGAGUUGGAAGAUGAUGUCUUGGCCAGCGAGGCGUGUGGCUUGUUUAUAUUCUGACAAUCGUUGGGUGAAAUAUGUCCGUUCUUCAUUUGUUCUAGAUGCAGAGACGGGUGUUUCACCUUCUCAGGUUUGGCCCCUGUGGCUUUGGGCGCUAUUGUAGGGACAUGAGCUGGAUGAGCGGUCCACUGGUGAAUGUGGAGGAAUUUGAGAAGAACUUCAGGAGCUGUGGUUGAGGGCUAUGUGAUUUCACAUUGUUGUGCUGGACAUCUGAUGUCAGUCAUGUUGAUUCUGUUUAGAUAACUAUAUGAAAGUCUUUGUCUCAGAACUCAAGGGCUUUAUUUCUUCAACAAUACAGAAUCACACUUGACCUAGGGACCUGUAAAUACAUAACAUAUAACAACAGUUUAAUAUCCUCUAGAUCAAUGGUCCCCAACCUUUUUAUCACCACGGACUGGUCAAUGCUUGACAAAUUUUACCGCGGACUGGGGUGGCAGGGUGGUGGGGUUGGCAUGGGGGUACAUACGUUAGAUUGUUUGUAUUGAAUAUCGUUUGUUUUGACAAUUGAAUAUAAUAAACAUUAUCAUACAGUAAAUAAUAAUGAUGAAAUAAAUAAAAUAAUAAAAAAUAGAUUUGUAAAAAUAAAGAAAAGGAACGAGCAAUUCCACAAUUCCCUCUCUUUCAUCGCUCUAUAUCUACACAACAGUUAUCUUUUUUAAAAAAUGAUUAAACACUCAGUUUUUCAAGAGAUUAAAUAAAUUGUUCAGUUUGAACCAUCUCCUCUCCCCUCUUCCUCAUUUCACUCUGUUGACGACCACAACAUUCUGACUGGUCUCUAUAACAACGUUUAAAGAUGCCUUCAAAAUAAGAUAGAUACGCCACAAAAUGAAUUUGAGGUGCAUGAAAAUUUUAACUCACCAUAACGGUAACACUUGAGCUUGUUUCUCUGCAAUGAGAUGGUCCCAUCUGCAAUUCAUGGGAGAUAAUGACACCUGAAAUGUGUUGCUUUAUGUCCAGUUUAUUCCGUUGUAUUGUUUUGGUUGCUGUCAGUCCAGAAAAUUCCGCUUCACACAGAUAAGAUGCUGGAAAUGGCAACAGGCUUUUCUGUGCUUUGGUGGCGAUCUCCGGGUAUUCUGCCAUGACUUUAAUGCAGGACAUGGGCAGAAUGGUUGUCUUGAAAAUAUCUUUAAAGCCUCUGUGUUUUGUGAUCUCCAGCAGUUGAUCAUCUUGUUGCACAGACAUGCUGAAUUCACCUUGUUUAUUGAUAAAUGGGCCACAGAUCCAUCCCUUGACAGUUUGCAGGUCCUUUUUGGUUGGGAAGUAGUGCUCAACUCUUUUAAUAGCAAAGACAGGUGAUUGUGCACCAGCUGGGAGAAUGAAUGUUCUGCCAGUGGCGACUUCAUUUCUGAGACAAAUCUUUGCAGCGACUCUUGUAAUUCAAACACUAUUGCGAACAAUUUCGCUCUAGUUAUUUCUUCUAUUUCUCUACUUAUUUCUAUGUUUAAGAGAAGACGAGUGUACUCCGCGUCCAAAAAGCUCCUCAAAAAGUCGUGAGUUAAGGAUGUGUCCUUUGAUGUUGUUAAUAACUUUCUUUUUUGGAAGUUGUAGGGUCUUCUUUUGUCUCUUCACUGAGCCUUUUCCCCUUCGAAAAUAAAUUUUCCAAGGACGUGUUUUUUUUUUUUACCCAUUUUGCUAGGUUGUGGGGGUAAAUUUUGGCGCUGAAAUGACCGAGAUGUAACCAAGAGAAUCUGGUCAUUUUUCAAAAUAAAAGAUUGUUCAUACUUGGAUAGUGAAUACAACGUAACUAAUUGAUUAUUUCUUCGGCGGCCCGGUACCAAUUGAUCCAUGGACCGGUACCGGUCCGCCACCCAGGGGUUGGGUACCACUGCUCUAGAUACUACUUUGAAGUGUAUGACAUAUGUAGUUGACUUGGAAAGUACAGGCUACAUGGGCGACCAGAACUAGAAAAAGAUUCAUGUGCAGAUAUUAACCAAAUUUGCCAACAGUUGCUGCUGUAUGAAAAAGAAAAACUUACUGACAUCAUAGAUGUGGUUUAUCAAAUAGGAAUGGAGAAAAAUGACCCGAAUAAUCACAGUAUCUUUAUCCAGUUUAUCUCUCGUCCACUCAAGGAUGGACUGUGUUAAUCAACAAGGAACAAUACCCUUCUACGAUCAAAGGGACUCCAUGUUACUGAGGACCUGACGAAGAAGGAUCAAGAAAACAGGGAACAACUGUGGACCAAGAUUAAAAAACUUUGAGAUGAGGGGAAUAUGGCCUACGUUGUGGGUGGAAGAGGAUUUAUCAAUAGUUCAGAAAUUCACAUUUAGACAUGAGAGAUGAUUGUUUAUCCCAAGAGGACCAUUAGUUUAGUGUUCUGUUUUCUCAGAUCCAUUGUAAAUUUAAAUCUCCUGAAUUUUCUAUUGGAGAAAAUUUGUACUCACGAUUUUUCUCUUCAGAUAAGGUUUCAAUAAUUCAGUAUUAUGGCUUUGAAAAAAGGAGGGGGAAAACUAUGCAGUAAUAAUGAUUCUCAAAAUUUUGUGAUAAGGGGAAAAAGUAGGACUAAGCAUAAAGUACAGUGUGCCCUGGCCCAUUUGUGGUUCACUGUUCGCGGCCUCAGAUAUUCACGGAUUUUGUUCUUUUUUUCCCCUAUUUACUGUAUUUUCAUGUACUUUCACAAUCAUAAAGGGUCUUAAGUCCUCUUCUAAAUAGAUGAGGCGCCACAUUAGACAUGGUGCCUUACAAUGUGGUCCACAUUAUGUGACACUGAAUUCCAAAAUUUGCAAAUAUUGUUGUGUAACUUGUCCACCACCUAAACACACUGCUUACACUGUGAGCAUGCAUGCCAGCGUGUGUUUUAGAGUUUAUGAAAGCUACCAUAUGAUGGCGCUCACAAGCAAGUGGGGCACAAUUGCAUCACAUACCCCAUACGCUGCCUGUAUAGGCAGGUCAUGACUGAUAAUGUUGUACACACUUACAAUGUCACAUAUGGACGUUCUUCAUGCCGCACUAGCAUUCCACAGAGCCCGCUGGGAGCAUGUAAAUAGCAUUUAAAGUGCAUGGUUUUGUCAAUUAUUUUGUGAGUCAUUCUUUUGUUUUAUUUUCUAGUUAUGCUAUUAUUUGCUGUGGUGUGAUAAUUUUAGUUUUGCUGUAACACCGUGAGCGUGUACAAAAUCGUCAGUAAUCACAUGCCUACAGAGAUGGUGCACGUGACGUCACUGUUUUCACGGCGCCAUAUUGCCAAUCAAACAAAGCUGCAUAGUGAGUUGAACUAGAGCAGCAGAUUAUUCGCAAUGCCUGAGACCUAUUGUGAUGCUGGUUGUCAGUUUAGACGAGACAGUUCUUCAAAUAAAUCAUUCUAUGGAAUACCAGAAAAGAUCAAUGGAUUUUGGCAAUCAAACGGGAAGGAUGGUGCCUAACGAAAUACUCAUGCCUGUGCAGCAAUCAUUUCAGGUAGGAAUUAUUCUUCUCAAACUCAAAUUAUCAAAAGCAUUUAUAAUUCCAAGUUGACUCAUUUGAGAGCAAAGCGUAUUUAAAAACAAAAAAAAUCUGUCAUAGAGAGGUUUUACAGAGGCAGUAAUCCAUGUACGGAGGAGAUGGCUCCCUGUCCUAAUUUUUUUUCCCAAUCAUGUUUAAUGAAUGUGAGUUUGGGAAAAACCAGGGGUCAUUUAUUUAAAUAUUGGUAUUUGUAUUGAAAAAAUCUCAGAGGGUCCAUCACUAAGUGGGAUUUAUUCCUGAUUGCGAACAGAUCCAGAAACGAAGUAUUUGUAUGCGUCCAGACUUUUAUACGCUUUCAAACUCUCCUGUGUAAACCUCAAUGACGUAUUCACCAGAUACAUGUGUAUAUGCAAUUGUCCAAGACAAGUGGAAGCGAAUUAACAGUCAAAUUUCUUAUCGGCGAAAACAUCAACUUCAGCAUUAAAUAUGGAUCUUCUAUGCCAAGUGUUCAUGUACACUUUGUAAAUGUUUAACGCAAUCGGACUGUCAUGCUCCUGGCAUCCUGCCCAGGCUGGGCGUGGCCAGCCAAUUAGUCAGCACACACCUGCACCUUGUUUUGGCUAAUUACACCCGGUACUUAUAGGACCCGGUGACGACUUGUCCUCCGCCAGAUCGUUGCGAUUCAUGUCCCGUAUCUCUGAUCGUAUUUCCGUGUGUACCGACCUCCGCCUGUCCUCCAACCAACCCCGUAAGCCUGACCCCCUUGAUACUCCUGCCUGCUUUGAUCGUUCUCCCGUGUACAGACUCCUGCCUGCCCGCUGACCUGCUCUCUACUACCGCUGCUGCAUCUGACUGCCUGCCAAAUCCCCGACCGUGGAACAAUAAACAUUUUUCCUGAAUUAUCUCUGCGUCUACCGUGUACUCCUGCAUUUGGGUCCUGCCUCCGUUCGGAUGGGUCGUGACACGGACAGAACUAUAUAUAUAUAUAUACACACACACGCACACCCACAUACAUACACACACGCACAGCCACUCAUACUAUAAGACAUUUUUGUUUCGUUUCAACGGAAUUAACUUUCAACUAUGUGUUCUUUAACUGGAAAUAUGGCGACAUAAACAAAAAUCAUGUGAUUUUAUGACAUAUUCAGGCAGCGUGUGGGGCAAUUUAAACUUCAUCUGCUUACUGAAGUGUGUCUUCUGCUCAUAUUUAGUCAUGACUGUAUAACUCAUGUUUGAAGCAUGCCAACUCAUCAGAUAAAUGAAUCUUGCUGAAAUGUUUACUAGAGACCAGGACGUAGGAAUAUGCCCGUUAUUACCAGAUAGAUUUGGUUUAGUCAUUAUGAUUGCCGAUAUUUUGUGAUGCUCUUUGCUUUAUGAAGCAAUUCUCAUGUGAUGCUCUUUGUUUUCCUUUCAAACUUUUGUGAUGUGGACCCUUCUGAUAGUAUAAGAAUGCUGCAAGUCCUUUGUAUCUUUGCACUUCUGAUCUGCUACAGCCAUUGUCUGUCACUCAUUUGUGCCCAUUCUGUAAGU